GAACCCGAGAACGCGGUUCUGAGAACGUGAGAUAAUGGAAAGCGACGACAGCCUAGUUGAUGAUGAAUUACAACCACAGGCACUUGCUGUCAACAUCGAGGACAAUGACGAUUUUGACCUGAACAUACCGCCGACGUCUGGAAAUGAAUACUUGCGCAGAGUGAGAGAGGAAGCCAAAGAUUGUCCACAGAUUGUAGUGGCUGAUAUAGACAUGUCUCCAUUCCUCCACAGACAAACUGUGAAGAUCAGAGAGUAUGGUGGUCGAUUUCCUGCACCAAAGGGUUAUACCCCUGAUCUACAAUGGCAGAAGAUGCAAACAGCCAACUUUGCUGAACUUCGUCAGAAACUUCAAAGACAGAAAGUUCUGAUGGCAAAGAAAGGGUUACUAAAAAGAGACAAACUGCCUCAAUGUAACGACGUGGAAGGCUGGUGUCGUCUAUGUUUUGGAAGACUUCAGCCACCAGGUGUCUCUCAGAGAGAGGUCAAAUCGGAGGUCAUCAUGGAGGAAGAGGUCAAACCUAAACAUGAAGGAGUUUUACCUCUGAUGAGCAUUGUUGCAGCGUUAGAUCAGCCGACUGUGAUCAAGGUUUUAGAAUAUCACAUUAACUGGUUUGAAGCUACUGGGUUUUCAGAUAAACAGGGUUCGUGGUUUUAUGCAUUGUUGGCCAGUCUACAGAAACCCCUCUCUCCAGAAGCUUGUGCUUUGAUUCGAUCCUUGGCUCGUAGCUGUGGAAAUCUGAGAGCGACUUUAGAAAGCCCUGAGGACCCCCGUUUAGUUCCAUUAAAUCUCUUCAUCUGCCUCGUAUCUCUGUAUUUUGACCAAUCAGAUUUAGCAGAUCCAGUCACAUGAUUUACCACAGAAAAACAUUCAUGUGCCACACUCAUCUUACGUGUUGGUGUAAUUCUUAGUGGUUGGUGAACAACCGUUACAUCCACACGCAUUUGUUUUCUGAGGAUUAUCAUGUUUUAGCCUUCAUCCAUGAGUAAGGACUAGAGAGAGACCUGCAGUGCUUAUUGUCACUGCUAUAUAGCAUGAUUACUUAGCUUAAUCAUUUGCUGGCAUUGUAACCGAGCAGGGUUGUAUUUUGCUUUACAUUACUAUAAACACUGGAAAUUGUGAAUAAAUGAAGAUUGUGUAA